CCUUUACUGCCGCGAUUACGCAUGUUAUUCUCUUUUACGGUGAUGAAAUCUGGGAUAGAUUCAAAGCAAGCCGAUCAGAAGAAGUUGAGGAUAUUCAUUGUAAAAUGAUGAGAAAUUAUGAAGAAAUUCCAAAUUGGUGGUAUGCCUGUAUAUUUGUGUUCAUGUUGUUGCUCGCAAUGAUUCUUUGUGACGCAUCCGGGUCUCGUCUGCCGUGGUGGGGUUUAAUUAUCGCUGUUGGCAUAGCGUGUGCUAUGGUAUUACCAAUAGGAGUUAUUCAAGCUGUGUCAAAUAAUCAAGUUGGCCUUAACGUUAUCACAGAAAUGAUUUGCGG